AUGAAACAUAAACUUGGAUGGAUAUUUGGAUUAUUCUUUCUAUUUGUAUACAUUCCAAAUUUUAUUUAUACUUUUGAUUGUUAUUAUUGUGCAAAUUGUUUAAAUACACAACGUGGUGUUCGUAUUACAGCUCGUCCAGAAGAUUGGUGUUAUAAAAUCGUAUGGCAAUCAGGUCGAGGAAAUCAACAAAUAGUAUCACGUGGUGCAUCAUCUGAUUGUCGGCAAGAUAAUUAUAAUGAUCAAAGUAUGGCCAUUCCAGGAGUCUUUUCAGGCGUUGCUCGAUAUUGUUGUCGAAAACAUCUUUGUAAAGGUUUACCAGUAACAUCUAUUGAAAUAUCUUUUAUCGAACGAUUACGAGCUCGUCGUGAAUGGGAACAGAAUCAUACGAUAGAUAUGACACGUACUAAACUAGUUAUCGAACGUGAAAUACGUCAAUGGCAAAUACGUGAAAAAGAAAUCAAAAUGUUCCAAGAUGCAUAUCAUAAAUUAUUUACAAAAAAUCUUCAUGCUUAUAUUAAAAUUGAUGAAGAUCUCACACAAAAUAUCAUUGAUUUAUUUAUAUAUCGACAAGAAAAACAAUUAAAAUUACAACAUAAACGACUUGAAACUGAAACAUCUCGAGAUAUUCGUCGUAUAAAACGGAUGUAUCGAUUACGAGCAGCUCAAAUAAAUGCAGUAACAAGUUAUAAUCAUUUGGGAGUUAUUGGUAUGAGUCAACGUGGAAAUGGUUGUUUUACAUUAUUGAAACCACCGUGGCAUAAACGACCUGAUGAUAUAAUAACUACUUUUAAAAAUAUGACUUCUAAAAUAUAUACACCUUGUUCUAAUUUUAAUUAUUUAAUUGAUCAACAUAUUCAUCGAUCUCGAAUAAAUAUAUUCAAAUUAGAAGAAUUAUUACCUAAGAAUGCUUUAAUUGCAGAAAUUGAUGAACCUGAUCGAUUAAUGAUACUUAAAAAUAAUCAUAAUAAAAAAACAUCUCGUCGUAUUCGAGAUUUGGAAAAAGCUUAUCAAUUGAUUCAAGAAGAAAAAACUAAACAAUUAUUAAUACCAGAAAAAAAAUCUCUUCGAUUUGUAGAAAAAAUCGAACUAAUAAAUCAUGUUAAACAAUCACAAACAAUACCAAUACAAAUAGAAAGACAUGAUCAUCGUCGUAUAGCUAUUAUCAAAUUACAAAAUUAUUUACGUGGUAUUACUGUUCAAUCCAAAAUAUCAUCAUUAGAUAAUACCAAUGAUAACUAUAGAAAUAGAUUGGUAUCACCACGUACUCAGAUAUAUGAUUAUCUUGAAGGUGCAACAAUAGCUGAUAUGUUUGAUUUUUUAUCAAAAGAACUACUUCGUCUUCAAUGUGAACAUAUUAUUCAUUUAUUUGUAUUACUUGCUGAUCGAUAUCGAUAUCAACAAGAAACAACAGAAACUGCUUGCCGUAUAAGAUCUAUUGAACGACAAAUACUAGAAGAUCAUGCACUUCAAGAAAUGUUUUCAUUAGAUUCAAAUUGUGAUAUUAAAUCUUAUUUAGAAGAUCUUAUUCUUGAAUCAAUUACAAAUACUGCUAAUGAACAAGCAAAAUUAGAAAUAAAACAAAUAACUGAAACAUUAGUCAAUCUAACUGAUGAAAUAAAUAAUUCAUUAUCAAAUCAAAAUGAUAUUGAAAUAAUUAUAUCUCAACUUGUUCAUCAAUUUUUAUUUCCUACAAUUCAAAAAAUUCUUACUCAAGAGAAAUAUAAAAAUUUUCAUCUGCUUAUCAAAUUACCUGCAAUUAACAAAUGA